GCUUGAAGUCUCCUAUCUCCUUAAACAUCACCACGGUUCGGGGAAACCGCCAGGUUAGGUCCAUUUGCUCUAUGAAAUUGUCGGUGUUUGGUAGUAAAGAAACAGAUCGAUUGCACUUGUGACUCCUUCCCUCCCCCUAGCCACCCCGUCGCUUCCCCCCUCCCCCGCCUCUUGUCCUCCUUCCUUCUCCCUCCCUCCUCCCCCCAACCAUCUCACCAAACGACAGUCCGGUGCGAGGUCCCCCUCAGGAAGGUGUGGGGAAUGGAUUUUGCUCCAGUGGGAAAAGCGUGUGUCUAGAAGUGGUGCUAAUGGGAAGAGAUUUCUGUAUUUCAAAAGAGGAUGAUUUGUCACAAAGAGAAGCUCGCUCAGUGGUCUGGGCUGUAGCCGUGUAGAUCACUGGAGAACUCUUGUGUUCAGGGAGAGAACUGAUCCGAAGAUCGGGUGUAAACAUGCCUGUUCGCAGAGGUCAUGUGGCACCACAAAAUACAUUUUUGGGGACCAUCAUACGGAAAUUUGAAGGGCAAAAUAAAAAAUUCAUCAUUGCAAAUGCCAGAGUGCAGAACUGUGCUAUCAUUUACUGCAAUGAUGGGUUCUGUGAAAUGACUGGGUUCUCCAGGCCAGAUGUCAUGCAGAAACCAUGCACUUGUGAUUUUCUUCAUGGACCAGAGACCAAGAGACAUGACAUUGCCCAAAUUGCCCAGGCGUUGCUUGGGUCAGAGGAAAGAAAAGUGGAAGUUACCUAUUAUCAUAAAAAUGGAUCAACCUUCAUUUGUAAUACUCACAUAAUUCCAGUGAAAAAUCAAGAGGGAGUGGCUAUGAUGUUCAUCAUCAAUUUUGAAUAUGUGACUGAUGAAGAGAAUGCUGCCUCCCCAGAGAGGUUCAACCCAAUAUUACCAACAAAACCCGUAAAUCGCAAACUUUUUGGUUUCAAGUUGCCUGGUCUGAGGCUCCUGACCUACCGAAAGCAAUCCUUACCACAAGAAGAUCCAGACGUGGUAGUAAUCGACUCGUCUAAGCACAGUGAUGACUCAGUGGCCAUGAAGCACUUUAAAUCCCCUACAAAAGAAAGCUGCAGCCCCUCUGAAGCAGAUGACACAAAAGCACUGAUACAACCCAGCAAAUGUUCUCCUUUAGUUAAUAUAUCAGGACCACUUGAUCAUUCCUCUCCCAAACGGCAAUGGGACCGACUCUACCCUGACAUGCUGCAGUCAAGUUCCCAAUUAACCCAUUCCAGAUCAAAAGAAAGUAUUUGUAGUAUACGAAGGGCAUCAUCAGUGCAUGAUAUAGAAGGAUUCAGUGUCCAUCCCAAGAAUGUUUUUAGGGACCGACAUGCAAGUGAAGACAAUGGUCGCCAUGUCAAAGGGCCUUUUAAUCAUAUCAAGUCAAGUCUACUGGGAUCCACAUCUGAUUCAAAUCUCAACAAAUACAGCACCAUCAACAAGAUUCCUCAGCUCACUUUGAAUUUUUCAGAUGUCAAAACUGAAAAAAAGAACACAUCCCCUCCUUCUUCUGACAAAACAAUUAUUGCACCCAAAGUUAAAGAUCGAACACACAAUGUAACAGAGAAAGUCACACAGGUUCUAUCCUUAGGAGCUGAUGUCUUGCCAGAAUAUAAACUACAGACACCUCGGAUCAACAAGUUUACUAUAUUGCACUACAGCCCUUUCAAAGCUGUCUGGGACUGGCUUAUCCUAUUGCUGGUCAUAUACACGGCUAUAUUCACCCCUUACUCUGCAGCCUUUCUCCUGAAUGACAGAGAAGAGCAGAAAAGAAGAGAGUGUGGUUACUCUUGCAGCCCCCUCAAUGUUGUAGACUUGAUUGUGGAUAUUAUGUUUAUCAUAGAUAUCUUAAUAAACUUUCGAACAACCUAUGUAAACCAGAAUGAAGAAGUGGUAAGUGAUCCAGCCAAAAUUGCAAUUCACUACUUUAAAGGCUGGUUCCUGAUUGAUAUGGUUGCAGCAAUACCUUUUGACUUGCUGAUUUUUGGAUCUGGCUCUGAUGAGACCACAACACUAAUUGGCCUUUUGAAGACAGCUAGGCUUCUGCGAUUGGUGAGAGUGGCACGGAAAUUGGACCGAUAUUCUGAAUAUGGUGCUGCUGUUCUCAUGCUUCUCAUGUGCAUAUUUGCUCUAAUUGCACAUUGGCUGGCUUGCAUUUGGUAUGCUAUUGGCAAUGUAGAAAGGCCUUACCUGAUUGACAAAAUUGGAUGGUUGGAUACCUUAGGACAACAAAUUGGAAAACGUUACAAUCAAAGUGAUGCAAGCUCUGGACCAUCCAUUAAAGACAAAUACGUUACAGCACUUUACUUUACCUUCAGCAGUUUAACAAGUGUAGGAUUCGGGAAUGUGUCUCCUAACACCAAUUCGGAGAAAAUCUUUUCCAUUUGUGUCAUGUUGAUUGGCUCACUAAUGUAUGCAAGUAUUUUUGGGAAUGUAUCUGCAAUUAUCCAAAGACUGUACUCAGGAACUGCCAGGUACCACAUGCAGAUGCUGCGAGUAAAAGAAUUCAUUCGCUUUCACCAAAUUCCUAACCCUCUGCGGCAGCGGCUUGAAGAAUAUUUCCAACAUGCUUGGACUUACACCAAUGGCAUUGACAUGAAUAUGGUUCUAAAGGGAUUUCCAGAGUGUCUACAAGCUGACAUAUGCCUGCAUCUCAAUCAGACUUUACUUCAGAACUGCAAAGCUUUUCGGGGGGCUAGUAAAGGUUGUCUCCGAGCUUUGGCUAUGAAGUUUAAAACAACACAUGCACCUCCAGGAGACACCCUAGUUCACUGCGGGGAUGUCCUUACUGCACUUUACUUCCUAUCCAGAGGUUCUAUUGAAAUCCUCAAAGAUGACAUUGUCGUGGCUAUUCUAGGAAAAAAUGACAUAUUUGGAGAAAUGGUUCAUCUUUAUGCAAAACCUGGAAAAUCGAAUGCAGAUGUAAGAGCUUUAACAUACUGUGACUUGCAUAAAAUCCAGCGAGAAGACUUGUUAGAGGUUUUGGAUAUGUAUCCUGAAUUUUCUGAUCAUUUUCUGACUAAUCUAGAAUUGACUUUUAAUCUAAGGCAUGAAAAUGCAAAGGCUGAUCUCACAAUAAGAUCACAAUCUGCAAAUGAUUCUGAUGGAGAAAACUGUAAACUUCGGAGAAGGAAAUUGUCUUUUGAAAGUGAAAUAGAGAAAGAUUAUCACAAAGGAAGUAGUACACAUGAUCCUGGAGACUCCAUAGAUACCACAAGACGUUAUCAGUGUUCCAAGAAACAUUUUGAAGAGAAGAAAAGUGGAUCAUCAUCAUUUAUCUCAUCCAUUGAUGAUGAACAAAAACCUCUCUUCUCCAGAAUAAUGGAUUAUGCUCCAGGAACAGAGAAAAGAACUAGUUUGAAUUUUGAAGAACAAAUGAUGACUACUUCAGAAAGAUUCCAUCUUGACAAAAGAAGUCAUUUUUACAAAGAUAUCACUGAUGCAAGAAAUUGGGAACAAGAAAAUUCUCGGGGACACCAAGAGGAGUCUAGUCCCUCAGCAUACCACCGAGUUACCUGGGGGAUCUGUGAAACUGAAAGUGAUCUCACAUAUGGAGAAGUAGAACAUCGGUUAGAUUUGCUUCAAGAACAACUUAACAGACUUGAAUCUCAGAUGACAGCUGAUAUUCAAACUAUUCUGCAGUUACUGCAGAGGCAAACUCCAGUGGUCCCACCUGCUUAUAGUAUGGUAACAACAGGGGCAGAAUAUCAAAGACCAACUCUCAAAGUGAUGAAAACUCAUCAAUCUGUAGCAUCUAUUAAAACUGACAGAAGUUUCGGUCCUUCUUCACAAUGUCCUGAAUUCCUAGACCUUGAAAAAUCUAAACUUAAAUCCAAAGAAUCACUCUCCAGUGGGGUGCAUCUGAACACAGCCUCAGAAGACAACUUGACUUCACUCUUAGAACAAGAACCUGAUCGCUCUUUAGAGCUCCAUCCCCAGCACAGUAAAACUUACCUUCAUCCCAUUAGGCAUCAUCCUUCUUUACCAGAUUCUUCCCUAAGCAAUAUAGGAAUCUUGGGUCUUCAUAGGCAUGUUUCUGAUCCUGGUCUUCCUGGGAAAUAAUCAUUAUUAUUUUUUUUUACUCUUUACUUCAUAUAAAAUGUAAGUGCUUUUAAUGGCUGUUUUCCUUUUUUUUGUAUUUAAAUCCUCUAUACUUGACUCAGGGGCUAACAAGUUACCAUUAUAUGCAAAAGUACUGUAUAUUUUCCUAAAUUAAAGCUUGUAAGGUAAAGUUGAGCAGUUAGAUGUAAAUAUAUUUAAAUAUGUUCCAAAUGUUUAAAACUGCCAGCAUCUCAAGGCACCUUAUAUUUUUAUUUUAUUUUUAUUUUUCAACAUCUGCAUGUUAGGGAACUCCAACUCAUGUUGCAUGGACAAUAUCAUUUACUGCUUUCAUUAAAACAAUACCUUGUAAAAUGCCUUCCAAGUAAGUAAAAGACCAGAGGAUAAUCUAGUUCGUGGACAUAACUCAGAAUUUAUUAAAUUAGCUCAUCUGAAGUUCAGAGAACCAAAAAAAAUGCUCAUUUUGAAAAAUUGUAAUCAUCAUUCUGUAUGGAAUACUUUAUACUCAAUGGCACUUAUUCCAAUAAGGGAUUAUAAAAUCACAAACAGAAAAAAUAACCUCUUCCAAGUAAGUGUAGGUAUUUCAAAAGAUUGAACUUGAUUUAAAGAACUAUCACCAAUUGCAUUCAUAAAACACAUUCAGUAAUUUCUCACUGGCAUAGUAAUUUGACUAUGUAAGGACACAUAUUUCUUUAAUUUUUUUCUUGACCCUCCUCAAAACUUAUAAAACUUGUCUGACAGACUGAUUCACACAGCUGUUAUUCAACCUGAAGACAUAUUGAACCACAUCAAUUUUCAUGCUACUGUUCCUUUCAGACUUUGCCAUCUUAAUUCUUACCCCUAAUUCUUUCCAAAAUAUUCCACUUGCAUUAGAAGUCUUUCUGUAUUUUAUCUUUUUGCCAUAGAGGUUAAAGAAUAUGUACAUUAUUGGACUAAAACACCAUAAUAAAACCUCAGUUAAGUAGAACGUUUACAGAAUGGAGUAUUCUGAUUUAUGUAAUAUAUUAGGAAGAAAAGGGUUCAAUUCAUAUCCACUUUCAAUCUAGGAUUUUUGGAGCAGGACGGCUAGAGAUCACCUAGUCAAAGUUCAUUUUGCAGAUUUAGUUUCAACCAUUGAACACUUCCUAAAAUGUAUUAGUGCAUUUUCCUGCCUUAAGUUAAAUAUACCAAAAGUAAUUUCAUUUUUGAUACUCCAGAAUCUCACACAUCAAGGUCAUUGUAGAGAACUUUUGGUUCCAUGAUACAAAAACAUAACCUGGAAGUUUUUUUUAGUAUAUUACUAAGAUGACAGCCUAUUUUAUUCUCUUCCAAAAAUAGAGGGUAGAAAAAUAUUCCAACUUAGUGGAGCGUUCUAAAUUGGGUUCCAUUUAACUAAACUUUUCCAUUUAAAAAUGCACCUUACAUCAAUUUUUUAAAAUGCUAGUAUAGAUGAACCCUAGUGGGUGAGUUCUAGAUGGGGAGAAAGUUUUUUUCAAUUUACUUUCUUUAAUAAUUUUUAAGCCCAUGUUGUCAUUCAUCAAGAGAAAUUGAAAGUAUGUUAGGAUUCUGUGUAUUACAAAAUUGAUCAUACAUGUAAUACAUGAAUAUCCAUGUAUUGUUAAUUACCUUUGUGUACAAACCCAACUACCUGUAAAUCUAAAAGGUGAUAUCUAAAGCUGCAAAUUCUUUAUACAUCGUACAUGGCCAGCAUCUUGUGACUAUCUUGGCUUAUUUCUUAAAUAUUUAACUGUUUCACACAUUGUUAGAGAAACUUUAUUCUGCUACUUACAUUUUACAACAUGACCAGGUUAUAAAAUAAUCUAAUUUUUAAUUGGGCAGUGGAAAAUGAAUCUGCAUUGUGAUUAUAUUUUAUUAUUCUGCUUAAUUUGUGAAAAGCAGAGAAGCACAAAUUAUUAGGAUUGGUUUACACAAUGCCAAAAUUUCUCUUAAAAAGCAACACCACCUCUUUGCUUUUGUGAAGACAAUCUUCAUAAUCGACAUUUUAUUGUUACAUUUUCAGCAAAUGACUUGGCCAAAAAAAAAAAAAGCCAAUGCUUGAUUUUA